AACUUGCAGGAGCAGAUCUUCAAGGAGAGGGAGGGAGACAGAGACAGGAUGGGACAAGACUAAGCAUUUCUAUUCCUUUUAUUGUUCUUUGGUUAAACUGCCUGGGUUGGUCAGGUGUCCUUGUGUGUAUAAAUCACACCCAUUUUAUAACAUUCACUUCCCUGACAAGGAACUUCCACUAGCACAACUGAACCGCUACGUGACUGUGUGUCUAAUUUCAGGAGAAAUUCCCCUGAGGAAGGCUGAAAAAAGAAAAGAAGAUGCAUCCAGCAUUAGGAUUAUCUUUCCUGGUCAUUGCCAUAUCCUCCAAUUUUGCAAUGGCAAUCCAGAAGGAAAAAAGAGUUCCACAGACAUUGUCAAGAGGAUGGGGAGAUGACAUAACUUGGGUACAAACUUAUGAAGAAGGACUCUAUCAAGCAAAGAAAAGUAACAAACCACUGAUGGUCAUUCAUCAUUUGGAAGAUUGUCAAUAUUGCAAAGCACUGAAGAAAGUUUUUGCAGAAAACCAAGAAAUACAAGAAAUGUGCCAGAAUGAUUUUGUCAUGCUCAAUCUCAUGCAUGAAACAACUGACAAGAAUUUGUCACCUGAUGGACAGUAUGUGCCUCGCAUCAUGUUUGUAGAUCCUUCUCUCACAGUGCGAGCUGACAUUACUGGAAGAUACUCUAAUCGACUCUAUACUUAUGAGCCUCAAGACUUGCCAGUGUUAAUAGAAAACAUGAAGAAAGCAUUGCGUCUCAUUCAGACUGAACUGUAAGCGGUAACUGAGAGAUCAUCAUCAACUUGAAACACUACAAUGAAAUCCUCAGAUUUUUUUCAGAAUAUGUUCUUAAGUGUUUUCUCAACUGUGAGAUAUUGUCCAUUGUACAAAGGAAUAUUGUUCAUUGUACAAAGGAAUAGUCAAGAAGAAGAUGAUCUAACACAGUUUUGAAACACUGGCUCAGAUAUGUUCCUCAAAAUAGAAGUUCUUUCUUUGUACAUCCAGAAGUCUGUUGUAUUUGUUCCUAUAAUUUGUCUAUGAACUGUACUACAGGUAAUCUUUUUCAUUAACUAGAAAAUCAGAAAUGGCUACUAACCAUUCCUGGAAGUCACUUUGCCAGUCACUAACAAUCUUGCCUUGAGGAGACUGUUGAAUGUGUUCUAGUUCAUACUGCUUCACAGCAAAGCCCAAAACCCCUGACAAAAUUCCUUCUGUGAACUGAGUGUGCACUAAAGGACACAUCUCAGUAUUUUCUGGAAUGUGCUAAGGAUUCACUUAAGAUGUGUGUACAAGGGUUUCUAACCAAAUAGUAAGUGCUGAUAGGGUUCUAUGACUUCAGUAGUAUUGAAUACCACUGCUGUACACUAGCUUAGCUUCCAGAGGCACAUGCCAGCAUCAACUUCAUAAAGAUUGUAGUCUGUUUCUUCUUCUGUCUUUUCUGCCAUUUGUCCUCUAUGUAUUAUUGCAUGAACUUAACCACAACACUCAAGUGAAAAGUUUGGGAGGCAACUAUCUACUUUUCCAUGACAAAUCUAUGCUUUAUAAUGGGAACAUAUAUUUAACAGUGGCAAUAGAGUAUUCUCAUCUUACAUUCCGUGUAUGUAUAGAUCAACAUGCUAUUUAUCCUCAUUACUGUUCUCCAGUUUCCUUCCUAAAGCAAACACCCUUUGACUCUUUCUUACAAACAGGUGCACAUGCAACCUAUACAUGCAUUCCCUGUACCAUGGGAACAGAACUAAUGUUUUUUAUAUUUUAUCAUAUUAGAAGUAAAUGUGGAAAUUGGGCCUUGGACCAAUUUUUCAAAAUGUCCCCAUUUCUAUACUGAAUUUAGCUUCCACAUCAGUGAGUUUUCCGUGUGUGUAUGAUUUAAUUAUGUGCUCCACUACUAUACGUGUGUUUUUAUAGGAUAUUAAUCCAAAACUGACUUUAGUAAAAAAAAAUAAAAAGGAUAGUACCUACCCAAAAAUAUUUGAACGAA